CAGACAGCAUGCCCCACAUGUCGACCUGUUCCUAUCCAGUUUGAAAUAACUUUAGCAUAACAGAGGCAGAAGUGUUAAAGGGACUAGGAGCUCUUAAAAUAAACAAAUCCCCUGGGCCGGAUGAGAUCCUCCCAGUAGUACUCAAAGAAAUGAUAGAAGUUACAAACCUCUAACCAAGAUCAUGCAACAGUCUUUUGACACAGGGGUUGUACCGACAGACUGGAAAAUUGCAAACGUAAUACCGAUCCACAAAAAGGGAGACAAAACCGAACCAGGUCACCUUUGUAAGAUAUUUAAAAAAUGUCGUUUGUAAGUGAUAAACUGUACAAUGACUACAUUCGGCCCAACAUGUACCGCUAUGUGGAAAGAAUCAGAGCAACCCAGGUGUUAUCAUUUAUUUCCUGUCUCACUGACAUGGACAAGGAGGAAAUUAAUGCCAGAAAUGAUAUGUGUGGUAAUCAUGUUGCUAUGCAGAAGUUUUUCGAUUGUCUCAAGCGCAGAAGAAACUGGCCAAGCGAGUUUAUUAAAGCUCUUAAAAGGCUUGAGCAGGAUGACCUGGCCAGCGAACUCGAGCAAGAGUAUACCAGACUUAUCAACCCUCAGAGUGGCAACACAGUCCCUGCUCCCCAACAACAAACUAUCCCUUCUGUAUUGGUUGCUUCCCCAGCAGUAGCUCCUCCUCUACAUCCUAGCCCCCUGCAGUCUGCCCCCAUAACCCAAACUUCAGUCUACACCUAUGGAAAUCAGUCACUCCCUCCACUUUACUCCGCUACCCAGGCCCCUAAUAAUCCAGCUGCAUCCCCAGCAGCUGCAACUCCUUCACAGACUCUUCCAGAAUAUCUUGCUCAGGUCUUACCUUCUCCUUCUCAGUCUCCCCUCCCUCCUCCAUCCCCAGUAUCUAAUGCCAGUGUUCAGACAUCCCUCCCAGCAAACCUCCCUCAGGGUGCUACUUCCCACUCCCAAGACUCCCAUGCAACCUCUCAAUCAGAGCCAGAUGGUGUCCCUGACCCUUCUUCGGUUCCGUCCAGUCCGGAGGAGAACAGCAGGAGAAACCAGGUUGAGCUUAAAACCCCAGUUCAAGAAACUGCAACUCGACGUACCAUCUAUAACGCAGUGCCAAGUGUUAUAGGACAUCCAGAUAGCAACUCUGAUACAGUAAGAAAUCAGACUGAUGCAAACUAUCAGCUUACAGGGACCCCCCAGGAAAGCAGAAUCAGUAGGUCUGUGUAUUCUUCCGGGAGGCCAUCUGCAGGCCCAGGCCACCCUCAGGUCAUCCCAUUAAUCAGAGGGGCCACUGCAGGAUACAUGAAAGAAGAAUAUUUAAGUAAGCCUGGCAUACUAAGAUCAACCAAUAUUGAUGACCAGCCUUGCUCCAUCAGCUCCAGUCAGCUCGAGUUUUCUGGUAGUGUAACAGAAAACCUCACCAUGUCUGGUGUCAGACAGGUCCCUGAAAACCCUAUCAGGGGAAUACCACCCAGUGGGGCUGAAGAUGACAGUUUCCUGCCCCAUGACACCUCUGCAUCGUCUCCCUACCUAAGUGCUGUGCACAGUAGCCCCUUCAGCAGUGAAGAAUACAACAAGGACCAGAAGAUCCAGGCGUUACAGGGCUAUCAGAACCCAAACCUGAUGGAGAGUUUUGUGGAUGUUAACAUCCCCCAUAUGAUACAAGAUCAGCACGACACUUUCCAAAAACUUGCUCAAAGUCCUGAAACAAGUGGGGCACGUGGUCCUUUGGAAAACGGUGCUGGUAGUGGGGGAGAGCAUAGCGAGGGAAAUAAAACAAGCUCAACUGAACCAUGGCACAGUCAUCAUAGUACAAGUGGAAGAGAAACCACGGCCCUGUACGAAAUGUCGGAUGGGGCUUCCAGUUUCUCAGAUGUCAGACAGAAUGAGAUGCACUAUUCACAAAAUCCUAGUAUCGAUGAUCAUGCUCCAAAUCAGUUGGUAGACUUGAGAGAAGAAUCUCCCCAAAGUUAUCAUUCAUGGUCUGACUUGGAGCGUCCGGAUACAAGUUCACAACCACGCGAGCGAGAUAAUUUACGGUCAGUCCCACUGCAGUCCCCUGAAAACAACCAGAGAGAGCCCAGAGGUGAUGCAAGUAGGCAGUUUGAUGCCUACCUUGUCCCAGCAAUUGCCAUUGCUGCUUUAUCAGUAGUUGCUGCGCUAUUGUGGAGAUAUAUGAAAAAGUAGCAUGCCUGUGAAAUUCAAAGUACAGUAGUCCAUCGCGUAUCCAACUGUGGUGGGACCAGAGUAAGGGCAGAUAUGUAAAAAGUCAGAUAAAUGAAUUCUGUUUUAAAUACCAUUAUACCCAGCUGUAACAAUUAUUAUAUUCACACAAUUAUUGUUUUGAGAUUCAACUUUUAUUAGGAAGCACCCCUAAAUCCAUUGUUUAGAAAGAUACAGGAUAUUAUGCAUGCGAUAGGGUAGGUGUCUCCCGUGUGGGUGCGUGCAUUCGCUGCUGAGUGACAGGCAGGAGGUCUAGAUGGAGGUUGAAGUUGAUACGCCCCACAGGCGAACAGGAUUUAUUUACACAUCAACCCACUGAACAUCUCACGUGACACUACCAGCAAUGGUAGCGCACAGAGUACAUUCAACACAGUGUACACAAACUUUGGUGGGAUCUACAAUCUCUGAACUAAUCUUUUCUGUUCAAAAAUAAACAAACUCAGAUGUCGAUGGUUUCGACUUGCUUACUAUACCUGACUGGAACACACCUACCUGCUGAUUAAAUUCCACACCUGGCAAUCAUACACAGCAGACAGGCUCUCCCAGGAGAGUCAGGUACUUCAUUAAUUAAUUACAAUAAAUACACAUGAUUUGCAAUAUACAUUUACAUAAAAAACUCUCUUCAUGCACAGGGCUCCUGCCCUGCUACAGUGCUGUAUACACUUACACUAGUGUCAGGAAUUUACACAGUAGCAAAAUGCAUAGGUUUACAGAAAAACAAACAAAAAAAAACAUUCAUAUUUAACUCACUUUCACUUUAAUAGCAAAUUGAUAUUACUGAUAAAACUUCAACAAAACAAAUGUUUAGCUUAGUAGUUAGAUACACCAUGUUUGUUUCACCAAAAGCUCAAGUUUCGAAAACAUUAUUGAUGAAGCAAAAAUCCCACGAUAUCGCAAUAUGGAAAUUCUUAUCCCUAUCGAACAAUAUCAUUAUCAUAUUAAAAUAUCGAUAUUGGUGCCCAUCCCAUAAAUGAAUUUUAAUUCAUUUUUAGAAUUGCAAGUGAAGUUUUGUCCUUGCAGAAAACAAUGUAUCAAUAGUUCUGAGUAUCUAGCCAUUAGUGUUUUUAAGCAAUUUGAAAUAUAGAUGCAUUGUUCUCUAAAGCAAAACCAAAUCUACAUUGGACAAAAUGUAUUUUCAUCUAAGCACUGUUUGACUAGUCACAUUUAAAAAUCAAUGGAUUUGAACUUGACAACUCUUAUUUUCGAGAAAAUAAAUAUUUAAAAACUUUUCUACCACUGAUGUAUGUGACAAAGCUUGUUGCUGGUCAGAGACCACAUUAUAUCCCCCAGUGGCUACAUAUUGUUCUUCUGUGGAUCUCUAUCUAUUUAUUAAUAUAGAUAAUAAUAUAGAUCUAUAUGACCUCACCCUGGUUCAGUCACCCCCAAAAAUCAGUGGUUGUUAGACGCACCAAGUCCUUCAUCUUCUUCAGUCGUGAUUUUUGUAUUUAGUAUACAGAGGAAACCCAUAAUUGACCGGCUCACAUUUUCAUCUGGUUUGAUCUCAUAAUAAAUAACCACUAUGUUGGGUAUCAAUAUUAGCCAGUGAUUAGCAUCAUGGUAUUUAUAUGAAAAAUGAUUAGUGUGUGUGUGGUAUCCUUUCCCACCAUUGUGAGGUAAGUGAGAAUGUAUCCUGCAAUCUGUGUAUCAGAUUUUCGUUAUUGUUACAAUAGAUUAUAUUUUAUUUUAAAGAUUUCUAAAAUGUUUUCCAUACCUUUCAUCAUCAAUGAUUUCUAAGCUUGCAUCCAACAAGAUCAAAACGGGCCCCCCCACAUGUCCAGAAAGGGGUAGUAUAUUUUUAGAGACUUUUGUUUGUUUGUUUGUUUGUUUGUUUGUUUGUUUGUUUGUUUGUUUUAAUAGUAACACACUGUUACAACCUGUGUUUUUAAUAGUAUAUUCAAAGAUGUAACAUUGAGUAUGAUCUCAUUUUGAAUCUAAUCCUUGCAUUUAUUAAAAUCCAACAACAGAAUAACCAGAAUAAUGAAUCAUGCUGUUUUGUGUUCUUGAAUAAAAUAAAACAUUAUCA